AGCCCUGGUCACUCUAGCCCGUUCCGUUUCUGGCCUAUUCACCACAUCCACGCACACAACUACAGCCGCAGCAUAACGCGUCGUCGUGUCGUUGGUGUCUACGUCACGUCGCUUCGAAUAUGUUUUAAUUUCCUGCAACUGCAAGGCUUCACAAUCGACACAGAAUGCUCCCUCAAUUGCAUAACAGCAGCAUUUAUGCAUGAGUGUGUGUGUGUGUGAGACCGAAACACACCACACCACGCAGCCAGGCCAACUAGAGACGGCAGUAGCAACAACAGGGGCAUCGGCUGCAUCGACCGGGAGCCACGCCACGCGGUUUUUCAAAUCACUGUAAAAUUUGCUGCAUUUAGCAGAUACCCAUAAUCCUUGGAUAUCAGUAAAAAUACAGUGAAAUUGAGAGGCUAUAGGCUAUAUCGGACAGGCCGCAUCAACCGCUAGAAUGUUUCGCUGCUGACUAUCGAUAGAUACUCGAUAGUCGCGACCAUCGCCACCAACAACAGUAUUCAUUCGAACAAUUUUACAUAACUACAACGCAGUCAUCGUCGUACGACUCGAGUGAUAGAGUGAUAUGGCCGUGUUCCUGAUCAACGUCUGUAAAUAUAGUGGCUGCGGCAUCACAUUUCCAAGCUUAAGCGAUCUAAUAUCACACAUCGAGGACACCCAUAUAGACUAUGAUCCUAAGGUGGUCGAACAGAAGGAGCAGGCCCAGCCUGCCUGCCUGCCCCUGAGCUACGUCCUGCGCUUCGUCACGGAGGACAACCGCAAGGAGGCCGCCACCUUUCUGGCCAACAACACCGCCCCACCUGCCACCAAUAGCGGCAGCAAUGCCGGCAGCCACGGCAGUGGCAAUGUGGAGCUCAAGCGAAAGCUGGCCAUCAAGCACCACAGCUACAGCAUGUCGUCGUCCAAUCGCAGCACCACGCCCACAGGCAGUGAAAUGGACGAGGAUGAAAUGGUUGUCACGGAGUCCGAGGACAGCAAUGAUUCCUGGACCACCGAGGAGUUUAGCUCCGAGUUUAUCAUGCGCUAUGGCAGCAGGCAUUCCGGUGGCGGAAGCAAUGGCACGCCUGGCAAUGAGAAACCCUUCGCCUGCCCUGUGCCCGGAUGCAAAAAACGCUACAAAAACGUCAACGGCAUCAAGUACCAUUCGAAGAAUGGCCACAAAAAGGACGGAAGAGUGCGAAAGGGCUACAAAUGCCACUGCGGGAAAAGCUACAAAACGGCGCAGGGCCUGAAAAACCAUGCCCUCCACACCCACAACGCGCAGCCCGAGAGCGUUCUGACCACCCAGCAGGUGGCCAAUGCUGCGGCUGCCGCCGCAUCUUCUUCCGUGAGUGGUGGCAGCACCAACAGCAGCUCCAAUCCCACUCCGCCCGCCAUCCAGCGCAGCAACUCUCCAUCGCAGUCGCUUGGCUCGCUGAGCCCGUCGAGCAUUAGCAACAUGUCGAGCAGCGCCAGCAGCUGUCAUGGAGGCAGCAGUCUGUCCAACAACAACAACAACAACGGCACCAGCAGUAGCAGCCAGAACACUGCCAUCGUUGGGGGUGGCAAUAUGCUGCAGCAGCUCAGCACUGGGAACGUGGUCACCCUGACCAAUCUUCCAUCUCAGCAGCAGCAGCAGCAGCAACACCAGCCGCAUCCACAGCAGCAGCAGCAGCAUCAGAACCACCACCAGAAUGGCGGCUCAGCAACAGGUAACAGCAACAACAAUUUAAUGCGCAGCACACUCGGUUUAGUAUCCAUUAAAGCCAAUAGCCACAGCAGCAACAGCAAUGGGAACAACGCAAAUCCCAAGACUGUUAGCAACCUAAUGGCUGCCAAUGCAACGGCCAGUAAGAUACUCAAACUCGCCACCAACGUGGCCAACGGUGGCUCUGUAGUGGCGCCCAAUGUCGUUGACCAAGUAGUCAAGCAAACCACCAGCAAUGGCCCGACGGUGAUCAACAGCAGCAUCAACAACGCCAACAAGAUGCCGUUGCCAAACUUGGUAAACCUUGGCAUACUCACGCCAGCCACAUCGCCCACCAAAAACACCCAGACGCUGACCUUCACCUCCACGACGAAUACCAGUGGCCACAACAACCAGCAGCAGCAGCACCAGCAGCAACAUCACCAGCAACAGCAGCAGCUGCUCACUUCGCUCACCUCGAACAUGCAGAAGCACCAGAAGACCAGCAUCCUGCUUCUGCAAGAGCCAACCACUCCCAGCCAGAUCCUGCAGCCAGUCCAGGCACAACAGCAGCAUCAGCAGCAACAGCAUCAUCUGCAACUGCAACAGCAGAUGCAGCAGCAACAGCAACAGCAUCAUGCGCUGCCCAUCAGUCCUACGAGCAGCGUCAGCGGCAACAGCAGCAAGAGCAGCUCGCCCACGCCACAACAACAAUUGCAGCAGCAACAGCAGCAGCCGCCACUGAUAAAGAAGGGAAAGAUGGAGCCCAUAUCCGGCAUAGAGCCGAUGGAGACGGAUGAGCCGCCGCUGAAUGAAGCGAUCUCGGAAAGCGUGGCUGCGGUCAUAGCCACCAUCGCAGAAGCCAGCAGCAAGGCAGCAGAAGAGGCGAAUGUGAUCUCAGCAGCAGCGGCAGCCAAUGCUGUCUCCACUGUCACAGUGGCGGCCAUUGAAGUUGUCGGCGCUGGCGCCGCCAACGACGAAACGUAGCCUAUACUAAAGCAGCUACUGAUGCAUCGCCAACUGACGCUGGAGCCGCCGCCCGAGCUGCCCCAGCCGGCCCAGCAGCAACCGCCGCCGCAUUGACAUGCCUCGUAUACGAAAAACAGAUAGACCCCGACCCCCUGAAACAUUCUCAAGCUCGUUGCAAUCGUUCGAACCGUAGUUUAUCCCUUAGUUAACUUAACCUAUGACAUGAUAUUAAGCUUAAGAGGCCGCCAAGAUCUGAGUGGGCCACAAGUCACUCACCGAAACACCAUUUUAAACAUCGUACCAUCGUAGACUGCAUAGACUUGCUUAGAAAAAACCAGAGACAGGGAUAAGUUCUGUAUUUAAAAUGUAUUUGUAAACCUUGGUUCUUCAAACCACAAGAAUCCCGAUCUAUGAAGAGCAGAAACAACAAAUCUGAUGGUUUGUGCAAUAUUUGAAAAAAGAGGGAUUUAUAAACGAUUUAUUAUGAUGAUUAUAUGUAGCAAUGACUAUCGCGCUUGUAUUAAACUAUUUACGACUGCUGAUCUCCUUUUAAUUUGUAAUUAAACGUUUAAUUUAGAAAAUAGAGCCUAGAAGCAACCCCACCCCUCCUAGGCGAAGCACGAAGGACAAAUUGUAAUAAUAUACAAACAGCGGAACGCAAUACUCUACUCGCAUUAGAAACUCAAUCAUUUUAUUGUCUUGCGGCCUAUUCCUACUCGUAUUCGACAACAAGUAUUAUUUAUGUUUUAAGCAUUAGCAAAUUGAUUUUAAUUAUACAAUAUCGAAUUUUA